AUGGACGAUAUACGCCUCGAGGAUGAGCCCUUCGAGCCUUUUGACGACUACGAGGAUUAUGCAGACCAGAUGAUGCAAGAGGCUGAACGACAAGAUCAGCUCAGAAUGAUGCCAUCGACUUCUUCCAACAGUAACAGUAACCAGAACCAGGAUUUAUCCGCAAACGAUGAAUUACCAGAGCAGCUCGAUUUCCUGGGGAUGUUGCAGAGCCAAGCCCAGGCCGGGGAGCAGGAGGUUCAGAGAUUUCAGCAGCAGAGGCUACAGGAGCGACAACAGGAACAGCAGUGGCAAGGAAGGAAAUCUGGGGGUGGGAGUCGACCGAUUGGUUCGGCGGUAGAAGGAGGUGGUGUGGUGGGGGAUUUGGGGGAUGUGAAAGUGACGAAGAAGAGGGUCAAGCAAGUGACAUUGGAUCAAGAGAGGUUAUUGGGCGAGCAUGGAUUACCAUUGCUGUUAACCAACGGAAAGAGGUUUAAGAUUCGACACAAGUAUAAGGACAGUGCAGAGAAGAACGCCAACGCAAAAAAUAAUUUGGCGGACCUGAUGCGCGUGUAUCAGACAUGGGCCCAUAACCUGUUUCCGAAGGCGACGUUCAAAGACUUUAUCACGCAGGCGGAAUCAAAGUGCAAAGAAAAACAGAUCAGGGCAACAAUGGAAGGAUGGCGGGAUGCACAAUGGAACGAAGUUAGAGGGAAGAGGCAAGCUAAGGAAGAAGCAGAGCGCGCGGAGCAGGAGGCAUUGGAUCGACAGAACGGCGUCUGGGAGGAGCACGAAAAAGAACUGGGAAUGCGACCUACAGAGAGCAUGGAUCGGGAUGCACUAUUGUUCCCAGAUAUGGGUCCUUCAAUAUCGAUACCAACAGCUAGUUCUUCGUCUACAGCAGUCUCAUCUUCAAAACCACCUUCACAACCCCAGCCAAGACCUGUGGCAGUAUCCAGGAAAGGGAAAGAAAAGGCCUUCGAUAAUGCGUCUACGACCAUGCGAUUGCAUAUUUCGGACGACGAGGACGAUGACUACGCAGGUGCUUUGGACCGCAUGCGGAUCUCGAUGAAUUUGGAUCACAGAAAUGGCGACGAUCGGAUAUUGGACAAAUGGGAUGGUGUUCGCAGCAAGGUCGAGGAUCGUGAAGAGCAGCAAGAAGGAUCAUGGAAGAAUGAGAUUGAUCUGGACAACUAUAACAGUGAUGUGGAGGAUGAUGAAGAAGAGGACGAACCGUUGUUUACGCAUCGGGCGUUAAAGAUGAUAGGCGAGUUGAAGGCAGCAGCUAGGGCUCCUGAGGAGAGUUCACAUGCGGGCCAGACGGAUGGUGAUCAGGAUAUGGACCAAGAGGCUACGCAGGAACUCCCUUUAUUGAAGAGUACGCUCCCGGAGGACGUAGACCGGAGUAAAAGCCGGGGAACAGGGCUGCUUGAGGAUACAGGAGAUAGUCUGCGGAAUAGAUCCAGUUUUGAGGAGGACGAGGACGAGUUAUUGAGCAGACGGAAACCUGCUAAAGGGAGAAGGACGAUACUCAUGGACGAUUCUGAUGAUGAAUGA